AUGUCAUCAUCAGGUAAUGUUUUUAAACUGCUUGAGAUCGAUGGCAAAACUCAAAUAGCGUUAUUAACGAAAUUCAUCGAUGAUAUUUCAUUAACUGGCUGUCAAAGACAGGCGUAUCGUCAACAAAGAAUUUUGAUGAACUACAGAGAAAAAAAAUAUCAAGAUGUAUUAGAUGAUGUGAAGAUUCUUGAAGGAACAGGCGACAUCUCUGGCUUAUUAUUCAUCAUAAAACUAAAAUCUGGUAUUCACGAACAAUGCCGACUUGCCCGUCUAUCAUUAAUGAAAAAAAUUAAUGAAGGAGAUAACACUGAAGAAUAUGAAACACUCUUCUUAAAUCUACGGCAAGAUAAAGUUGAUGCGUUCAUGAACGAUCGGUCGAUCAUACAACCUCAAUCAAAUGUAGCACCAAAUAAACGCAAGAAAAUAUAA